UGCAUUAUUCAAAAUCAACUUGGGGUAACAAAAUAACCAAAUUGUACAUCUUUUUUGCCUUAGGCCCCAUUGCCUUGAAUACACUUUUUCUUUGUGUCAAGGAAUUAUAAGAAGCUAGCUAGCUCAGCUUCUUCCCCUCCAAGCAAUGCCCCUAACAUUUUCUCCUACUACUCCAAAAGCAUAUCCACCAUAGAAAUGCCAAUGGAUGCUGAGUUUGAGACUCAAUCCUCUUCCUCUUCCUCUUCCUCUUCCUCUUCAUCAUCCCCUCCGGAAAACGAGUCGACAGGAUUUAAGUCCAAGAAAAUUCAGAAAGUGAAAAUUGCAAAUGAAAGCAAGAGAAAGUUUAAAAUUGGUGAAGUUGAGGGGAAACAUCCCACGUAUAGGGGUGUAAGAAUGCGUCAAUGGGGCAAAUGGGUAUCUGAAAUCCGGGAACCGAGGAAGAAGUCUAGAAUUUGGCUAGGCACAUUUCCUACAGCUGAAAUGGCAGCUCGAGCACAUGAUGUAGCAGCUCUUACGAUUAAAGGCAAGUCAGCUUAUCUCAAUUUCCCAGAGAUAGCUCAUAAGCUUCCCCGUCCAGUUAGUGCAUCAGCCAAGGAUAUCCAAGCUGCUGCUGCUAAAGCAGCUGCCUUAAGCUACACGAAAAGCCUUGAAGUUGAAGCAGAGCUGAGCCAGGCUGAUCAAAUGGUUCCUCGGUCUCCAGCAAGCACAUUGACAGACACUCAAGAGUCAUCAAGCUCACUUGUAAUCAAUAAUGAUGAUGCAUUCAUUGGCCUUCCAGAUCUCUUCCUGGACAUGAAUCAUCAGAUUGAUGAGUUCUGGGGCUCAUUGUCAUGGCAGCUGACUGCAACUGAUGAUCCUGUUGAAAAUGGGUUUGGGUAUGAGGAGCCUCGUCUUUGGGAAUACUGCUAGAGACAAUUAAAGAAGAGUAAGCAACUCCUUUGCCUGCUGUAAUAUUCCAAGCUUCCCAGGCUAUGUACAUUAGUCACUAUGAAGUUCAAUUUUCUUCAAAAUUGGAACCCCAUAUCAAUCU